ACUAUGGUGCGCGAAGCAUCAGCGCGUUAGAGAUUAACGGUUCGGAUUUAACGACGCGUGCCGGCAGCGGAGGACCACUCGGAGAAUAUGAACAAAGCGGACGGACCAUGUCGACCCGCCGCCUCUCUGACGUUCACCAUUGACAGCAUCCUCAACCUGAAGACGAGCGGGCGGCGCUGUGACAGCUGUCACCACGCGGGAGCGCACGGUGACGCUGCCGCAGCCGUGCGUAAAGACGCCAUCCAGAGUCAGCACGCGGCCCAGAAGGGACGGGACCCGGAGUCGGACAGCAGGCUUCAUGAAACCGACUUGAUCACCGACUGCAGCGGAUCUGAAUCCGCCGGAGACCCGACGAAGGCGACGGAGGUGCGCUUCGAGAGCGGGGACAGCAGCUGCGACGACAGCAGCUCCACCACCGCGACGCGCGUGGCCACGCACAAAGGGAGCAGCAGCCCCUCCAAGAAAAACAAAGUGAUUACCAAAAAGAAAACGCGCACGAUUUUCUCCAAGAGACAGAUCUUCCAGCUGGAGUCUACCUUCGACAUGAAGCGCUACCUGAGCAGCGCAGAGCGCGCGUGCCUGGCCAGCUCCCUGCAGCUGACCGAGACUCAGGUCAAAAUCUGGUUUCAGAACCGCAGGAAUAAAUUGAAACGGCAGAUCUCCACCGAAAUGGACGGACCCGUUACAGAGUUCCCCGAAGCCGGGAAAGCCGUGGUGGUGGGCCAACUUCCGGCCCUGUACAAAGAGAACAACCUGCUGGGGCGAUGCCUGCUGCCCAUGCCUCUGCCCGUCGUUUACCCAGGAAGCACCGCGCCUUACCUCUGCUUCUCCAACGCCAGCAAGUACUUCAGCGUGUACGACGCGGACGUAUGAUGGAUUUUAGCCGAUCCACCUCCCACAAUAGACACUUUUUGGCGGCUUGAUGCCACGUGUGACGCAGUUUAAGGUGUUUGUCAGGCCGCGGCCUUACUGAUCAGGAAGUCUGCAAGUAGGAGGAGUAGUUACAUAUCACACAGCUGCAAGCAAAAGACUGGGCAACCCUGGGAAAAAUAAAGAAAUGUCGCAUUUCCCCCCUUUAAAAAAUUCGGUUCAAGGAAAUUAAAAAUAUAUAUUUAGUUUUAAAAUAAAUGCGUUUAUUAUCUAAAUUAAAUACCAGUAUGAAACACACACACACACAC